UUUUAUAAGGAUUAUCGGCGCAGGUUGCUUUUUAAAAAACAAUUACUGCGCAGUAUAGUUUUGAAGACGAAGAAGCUUUGCCAUUUGCCUGGUGAAACUUUCUUUUCAUUUUUUUAUCCUCUUUUGCUCUAAAGUUUGGAUCGCAGGAGUGAUAGGACGAAGGAGAAAUGACAAAGAAGAAGUCAGCAGAAACGGGGAAGGGGUUCAUAUAUAUCUGUUUCUCUGCCUUCACAAUUUCUGUUGAACUGGAUCCGCUCAAAAUCGUGCAUAUUUCUUUUGUUUCGGAGUAAUGACCUCCUCUCCUCCUUUUCGGAGUUUAGUUACACGCUCUUAUUCGGAGAAAUGGAUGCAGGAAAACGAAAGCCUCAACUUUUGUGAUGUUUCUUUGUCAAAGCUGAAUGUGCAAGUAUGGAGCGAUCUUCUUUCAGUUCCAGCGAUGGAAAAAGAAAGCCUUUGCAGCGUUCUGCAUCCAGUGAAACUGGAGAUGGACAUGAAAAUGACCUUUCGUACUCUGUUCCCCCCACUCAAAGCACAUCAUCGAAUUAUCUACCGUUAGAGCUUGCAGAGGCUAUUACUUUUACUGAUAGAUUCCAGGUUGAUACUUUUUUGCGAUCUAUGCAAAAGCAAAUUAGUUCUACCGGAAGACGAGGGUUUUUCUCUAAGAAGUCUUCAGAGCUAUCAGUUCGUGAGGACUUCAAAUUGGAAGACCUGUUGUGCUUUCAAAAGGAUCCUAUUCCAACUUCCUUGCUCAAGAUCAAUGGUGAUCUCGUGAAGCAUUCAGUUAAAAUGUUCAAGUUGAUUCUGAAGUACAUGGGUGUUGAUUCAUCAGAUAAUGGAACAUUGUUGGGUUUGAAUGGGAAAAUUGAUCUUGCUACGAAGCUUUACAAGAAAACCUUAAAGCAUUCUGUGCUUUGUGAUGAGCUUUUUGCACAGAUUUUCAAACAAACACGCAACAACCCAAAUAGGAGUUGUUUGUUAAGAGCAUGGGAACUCAUGUACUUAUGUGCAUCUUCCAUUUCUCCGAGUAAGGAUUUUGGGGCAUAUAUAUUGGAAUAUGUGCAUAAAAUGGCUUAUGGGGUCAAUAUGGAUUUGGAUCCAGAGGUUCAUGCCCUUGCACUGAAAACAUUGAAUUCUUUGAAGCGUUCUCUAAAGGCUGGGCCACGACUUACUUUUCCCGCACGUCAUGAGAUAGAAGCUCUUUUGACUGGUAAAAAGCUCAAAACAAUGGUAUUUUUCCCGGAUGAAACUUUUGAAGAAAUUAUGUAUGACAUGUCAACAAUGGUUUCUGAUGCCAUCCAGGAGCUUGCAAGCUUAAUCAACCUUUCAACUUUUUCCAGUUUCAGUCUGUUUGAAUGCAGAAAAGUUGUACCAGGCCCAAAUUCGAAAGAAUUUUUUAAUGAGGAAUUUAUCAGGUUAGAUGACAAAAAAUAUGUUGGAGAUUUGUUGGCGGAAUUUAAGUCAGCCAUGGACCGCAGUAAAGAAGAGGUUUUGUACAUUAAACUUGUAUUCAAGCGAAGACUAUUUAAGGAAUCAGAUGAUGGUGUAUCCGACCCAAUGUUUUUGCAUUUGUCAUACAUCCAAAUACAACAUGACUAUAUUUUGGGAAAUUAUCCAUCUGGAAGGAAUAAUGCUGCUCAGCUAACCGCUCUGCAAAUUUUAGCCGAGAUCGGAUUUAUUGACAAUCCUGAUUCAUGUGUUAUGUGGACUUCUCUGCUGGAAAGGUUUUUACCAAGAGAAAUUGCAGUGAAAAGGCCAAAGAGGAAAUGGGAGUAUGAUGUUCUUUCCCAGUAUAAGUUAAUGGAGCGCUUGUUAAAGGAUGAUGCUAAAAAGGAUUUCCUUAUGAUUCUUGGUAAACUUCCUUAUGGAUACUCUACAUUCUUUUGUGUGAGGAAGAUAGCUGACCCGAUAGGUUUUCUACCUGGCAUGAUAAUUUUGGGUGUAAAUAAACGUGGGGUUCAUUUUUUUCGUCCAGUUCCAAAAGAAUACUUGCACUCUGUAGAACUUAAAGAUGUUGUGCAAUUUGGUAACAAUAACACUUCAAUUUUCUUUAAGAUGAAGGUUUCUGGAGUGCUUCGUGUUUUCCAAUUUGAAUCUAAGCAGGGAGAAGAAAUUUGUUUUACUCUUCAAGCACAUAUAAAGGAUGCCACUAUCCUUGCAAACUCAAAAACACAUAAUUCUGUUGCAAAAUACAGUGAAGGGUAUGUGUCUGAAGAUGCCAACUCUCCAAGACCGGAUAUGUAUGAACAACGUGUGCAAGAGUUAUCAAAAGCUGUUGAAGAAUCAAAUAAGAAUGCUGAUAAGUUGUUAGAAGAAUUGCAAGCAAGGCAAAAGCAUGAUAUUGAGAUGCAAGAGGAAAUGGAAAAGCUAAAAGAUUCCUUGGGUUCUGAGAAGGAAAAGAUUCGAGAAGUUAUUAGUGAUCAGGAUGAACUAAAAAAAUUAUGUGAUGAAAAAGAGUCAGCUUUGCAGAAUGCACUAGUUGAUACUCAAAGCAUUGAGGCCAAACUAGCAAAGCUGAGUUCACAGGGACACCAAUCUUUUAAAAAUGCUACCCGAGAAUUCACGCCUGCAUUUGAUUAUCAUGAUGGGGAUGGUGGUUAUGUAAGGAAUAUUGUGAGUGAUUUUCAGACAAUCAGCAAACUUCAGGAGGAUAUAAAUAUACGUAAGAAUGAACUGCAUGCAUCUAAAGAUACUGUUAAGGUGAUGCUAAAGGAGAAACUUUUGCUUCAGGAGAAGAUUCAAAGACUUGAAAAGAAGAAAGAAGAAGAGAUUAUUAUGAUGAUAAAGAACUUCGAAAAUGAGCAGCUGAAACUGCAACUCCGUGCCUUGGAGAUGGAGAAGAAAUUGGAAAGUUUAACAGCAUCAUUAAAUGUUGCUGAAUCUACUAUUUUAACUAGAAAUGCCGAACUGCAUUCAUUAAACAGCAAUCUAGAAGAGUUAGAAGAAUUGCGUGAAAUGAAAGAAGAUUCUGAUAGGAAUAAUGAACAAAUAGCUUCAAUUUUGAAUGGGCAAGGAGCACAGUUGUCCGAGCUUGAAGCACUUUGCAAAGGAGAGCAACUUCUACGGAGACAGUAUUGUAAUAUCAUUGAAGAUAUGAAAGGCAAGAUAAGAGUUUUUUGUCGUAUACGUUCUUUAACUGAAAAGGAGAUUGAUGUAAAGGAGAACAACAUAUUAGUCAGUGAAGAUGAGUUUACUGUUGCAUAUCCAUUGAAAGAUGAAAAAUGGAAACAUUAUUUCUUUGAUCGUGUUUUUGACCAAAGUGCUUCCCAGGAUGAUGUUUUUGAAGAUACCAAGUAUCUCAUACAAUCUGCAGUGAAUGGGUAUAAUGUCUGCAUAUUUGCUUUGGGACAAUCUAGUUCUGGUAAGACCUUCACAAUCUAUGGUUCAGAGAAUCAUCCUGGACUGAUCCCAAGAACAUGUACAGAAUUGUUUCAAAUAAUGGAACGCAGCCGGACCAAAUUUUCUUUUUCUCUGAAGGUUUACAUGGUUGAGUUAUAUCAAGAUACUCUUGUAGAUCUUCUACUCCCAAAAAAUGCCAAACGCUUAAAAUUAAACAUUAAAAAGAACUUAAAGGGAAUGGUUUCCAUAGAAAAUAUCACAAUUCUCGAAGUUGCAAAAUUUGAAGAAUUAAGGAUGGCCAUUUUAAAGGGAGCUGAGCAACGACAUAUUGCAGGAAACAAAAUUGAUGGUGAAAGUUCAAGAUCUCAUUUAAUAGUAUCUAUCAUAAUUGAAAGCACUAAUCUUCAAAGUCAAACUCUUGCUAGUGGGAAGCUUACCUUUGUAGAUCUAGCUAGCUCAGAAAGGAUAAAAAAGACAGGCUCUUCAGGAAAUCAGUUGAAAGAAGCACAAAGCAUCAACAAAUCUCAUUCUGCUUUUGGGGAUGUGAUCAGUGCUUUGUGUUCUGAGGCCCAACACAUUCCUUAUAGGAAUCAUAAGCUGACCAUGCUUAUGAGUGAUGCUCUUGGGGGAAAUGCCAAAACACUUAUGUUUGUGAAUGUAUCUCCGGCAGAAUCGCAUUUGGAUGAAUCAUAUCAUUCCCUCACGUUUGCUUCAAGAGUAAAGUGUAUACAAAAUAAUCCAACCAAGAAUGUAUCUUCAAAGGAGAUCGCCCAUUUAAAGAAAAUGGUUGCUUAUUGGAGGGAGCAAGCAGGAAAACAGGGGGAUGAUGAGGAGCUUGAAGAGAUACAAGAAGAAAGGCAAACAGAAGGGAGAAACUGAUCACCACUUUACCUGGUAUUUUCAAACAUAAACUGCAUCUUGAUCUCAUUCUAUAUGGCAAACCGAGGAUUUCAGAUUGUUUCGCCUCGAAUUUUCUGAAAAGAAAGUCAUAUAUUAGUUUAAAUACAUCAUUGGAAGAGGGUUUGAUGCUUUAUUCUAAUCACCAGCCAUUGAUUGGCAUUAGUGUUUGUUGCUUAAGGUUAUAAAUAUACUAUUGUAAAUAGGGUUAAGUAGCUCAGCAAUGCUCUUGUAAGUAGGAUUAAUUAUUCUGUGCAGACACCAAAUGUCAUCCGGAGACCAAUCAGAAUGCUCUAAGUCACCCUGUGCUCGGUACCGAGGCUCAGUACUACUCGUUACCGUGGCUUGGUACCGCUGACGUAGCACAUUCUGGUUAAUCUCCGGACGGUGUUGUGUCCGGUCUCCGCACAGAAUAAUUUAUCCGUAAGUAGACAACCUUCAUUCAUUUGCAUAUAUUGAUGCAGUCCUUGUUUGUACAAUCAUGAUGCAUAUGAUUAUGGUUUUUUAUUAGAGAAUUUAUUUGCCAAUAAAACCAUUUUACCGUUGUUUGUC